AUGUCGUUGCAGGUGGCGGAUGUUCAGAAAGCUCUUCAAUGUGUCUCUUCGAAUGCUGAGCAGGCCAAAAAGAACGAAGCGCUACAAUUCUUAGAAGAGUUCCAAAAAUCGGUCGGUGCUUGGAAGAUAUGUCAUGAUAUCCUGACUAACGUUGAUCGUUCGUUCUUGGAAUUGCACAUUUUUGCUGCCCAAACGUUGCGGAAUAAAGUCAGUUAUGAUUUGUCGCAGCUGGAAGGCAAUUUGCUGCAAUUUAAAGACACUCUGAUGCAUCUGGUGGUGUUACACAGCCAGAAACUGGUGGUAACGCAGUUGAGCGUGGCGCUGGCUCGUUUGGCCAUUCAGUAUAUCCAAUGGAAAGACCCGGUUGUGGAAAUUAUCAACUGUCUUAAUCCGUAUCCGUCCAAGCUGCUUUGCUUCCUGAGAAUUUUGCCCGAAGAAACGCUGGAUAUUGGGUCAACUCCCUUGACUGAGGACGAAUUUAACUCGAGAACGCAUGAGCUGAUCAGUACGAUUGCCGAAGAUGUGUUGAAAUUUCUGAUCUCCUGCGUGGAGAUUCUGAAGAGCCAGCGGCGGGACGACGCCGAUAUCUCACUGGAGCAGGUCAUGCGUUGUUUGGCUUCGUGGUGUUUCGAGUUUCCAGUCGACCAAUUGCUUUCGGUGGAACCACUCAUAUCGAUAAUUUUCGAGUCCCUGCUGCGCGGUCCUGCGGAUUCUCCAGAGGUAUUCGAUGCAGCCGUCGACUGUCUGACGGUUGUGCUGAGGGAAAGCAGAGAUGCUCCUAAUGAGCAGUUAGUCUUGGCUCUUUAUGAGCAGCUUAUGAAACUACAGGCAAAUCUGCUGCCGAAUCUUCUGGAAGCAACGAAUGGUGAGGAACAAGAAUACGAAACUAUGGAGGGCCUCACGCGUCUGUUUGUCGAGGCAGGCGAGGCAUGGAGCGUUUUUAUUUCAAAAUCGCCGCAAAUCUAUAAGCCAAUCGUGACAGCAUUACUGAUGUUGACGUGCAAAAACGAUGAUCUGGAUGUCGCCUCUUACACCUUCCCAUUUUGGUUCAGUCUGAAGCAAAAUCUGGUUUUGCCAAGAUAUCAACGAUCAAAGGAGCAGUAUGUGCCCAUAUUCGAGAGUUUAAUUGGUGGUAUCAUUAAACAUUUACAGUAUCCCCAAAAUCAGUUCACGUCUGGCGAAGAUGAAGAUAAGUUUAAGGAAUUUAGAUAUCAUAUGGGAAGCGUGCUCAAAGAUUGUGCGGCAGUCGUGGGCACUUCACGAGCAUUGCAUCAGCCAUUGACCAGAAUCAUGACAGCAGUGAGCAACAAUGGGUCCUGGCAAGAGUUAGAGGCCCCUCUGUUCUCCCUAAGGACAAUGGCACAGGAGAUUUCUCUUUCUGAAAACAAGCAACUGCCACAGAUCUUCCAGAUCCUAUGCAAUCUGCCAGAGCAUCCAAAAAUCAGGUACGCCUCUACUUUAGUGCUUGGAAGAUACACCGAAUGGACAAGCAAACAUCCAGAAAUGCUUAAAAUGCAAUUAGAUUAUCUGUUUGAUGGAUUCCGUCAGGUUCAAGAGCAAAAUAGUGCUGAGAUCGUCACAGCGUCUUCCCAUGCUUUGAUGUACUUUUGCACCGAUUGCUCUAGCCUUCUUAGUGAAUAUAUCGAUCAGCUUUUUGAUUUCUACUUCCAGGUCGAGAAUAUCUUGGAUAUUGAAUCCCAGUUCGAGCUUUGUCAAGGCCUAAGCGCCGUGAUAAACAAGCAAACAGCCGGGAGAAUCUCGUCUGUGCUUCAAAAAUCAUUGGAUCACAGUUCCGCAGAAAUCAACGACCUCAUUCCUAAGUGGAAGGCUGAACCGGCCGUGUUUAGCGCUCAGAUUGCGGACAAGAUUGACCUUGUUUAUGCAAUAUUCGAGGAGCUUAAGCCGCGCAAUGAAUACCCUCAACAGGGCCAGGAACCUUUGGUGACACAGAUUGAGUUUAUUUGGCAUAUGUUGAGGAGUUUACUGGUAGACUUUGGCGCAAUGUCAGAUACCGUAAUAGUUGAGAGAGCCACGAAGCUUUUGAGAAGACUUUUCGAAAAGUUUCACUUGUUUUGUGAGCCAAUUUUGGAAUCAGUGGCAGCAUUUCUAGCUCAAGGUUACGCAACCACAGGGAUCGGAUCGUAUCUCUGGUGCUCUGGUUCGAUUAUUGUUGUCUAUGGGGAUGACGAAGCAUUACCUGUGCCGCCUCAACUCAGGGAUGCGGUCUGGCAAUUCGCCGUAUCCCAAAGUGAUACUUUCAUGGUCAACUUCAACAAAAUCGAAGACGCACGUCUGAAUGAUGAGUAUGAAUCGAUUAUGGAUUUUUUCUCCAUGAUUUCGGAUUUGAUUAUGUUUUAUCCAAAGGAGUUCAUUCUGACAAGUGUACUACUAGAGGGCACUACCGAUAUUGCAUUAAAGUGUAUCACAAAACUCGAUAAUUAUGACGCAUACAUUCUAGUUUUGCGUUGCUUGGAUGACAUUAUUUCUUGGGGAUUCAAAACACCACCCAUCUCCACAGCAGCAAUAACACUAGUACCAGAUGAAUGGCGGGAACAAAUAUCCAAAGCAAUUAUCAUCUCAAGAGGCUCACUACUGAUAAAUGCGCUUUUUAUUGGGCUUGUCACAAAUUUCGAGUCUUCAACUCAUUCAGAUGCCGUAAGUUGCAUAGUCAAAUGUUUCCGUUUAGCAUUCGAAGCGAAUAACAACGAUCCAACGGUUUGCGCACAGUGGGUCUUGCAGGCCGUUGAGCAGUUAAACUCUGUCACACUUAAAGAGAAGGAGAAAUUAGCUGCGGCAGUCACCAAUGGAUUAAGUCAAAGAGACUACCGCAAGGUGAGGGAAGGGAUCAAGACGUUUGUUGCGUGGUACCUGAGGAAAAAUGUCAGCCCGAGGUGUUAUUGA